AUGCCCAACAUCGCCAAACACGAGUCCGUCAUCCAGGGACUCAAGGACGGCUCGCACCAUGUCCUCGGCAUAAGCAUCAACGGGCAACAAGUAUCCCCAGGGACGAAAAUCGCGAAGAAGGACACUGAAACCCUGCCGACCCUCUCGGCUCCCGCAGACCUCCAGCUCCCAGCAGAAGCCACCUACACAGUCAUCUCCAUCGACAUAGACGCGCCAUUCGCCUCAUGGAACGCCCUCUCGCCAAUCUCGCACUGGGUCCAGUCUGGCUUCAAGGUCGUCGGUAUCGACCAGUCAGAGUCAGCACCAGAAAGUAGUGGUAGUGGUGGUGGUACUCUUGGGCUUAAAAGCGACGACGCCCCGGUUGUGUCCUGGCUCCCUGCUGGGCCGCCGCCUGGGGCUGCGCCGCAUCGGUACCUUUUCUUGCUGUAUAGUCAGAAGCCUGGGUCGAGGAUUCCUCGGGAUUUACUGGGGAAGGAGGUUGGUUUGAUGCAGAGAGUCAGGUUUGAUGUUGAUGGGAUGGUGGAGAAGUUGGGGCUUGGGGAGCUUGUGGCUGUGAAUUAUUUUGUUGCGAAUUAG